AUGAGUUCAAGAGGACAUGGACCACCCUAUGGAGGGAGGUCAACCACUGAAACACCUGGAAUGAUGCGCCAUGGACAUGGUUCAUACUCCUUGAGCCACACCAUAGAUCCACUGCCACACCACCACCACCCUGAGCGUGGUGGUGGUGGUGGAGGAGACAACAAACUGGUGGCUCAGUCAUCUGAUAUAGAAAGACUUGCUGGAGACAACAAAAGACUUGCAACUACUCAUUUGGCUUUACACCAAGAUUUAGUUGCCACUCAACAAGAAAUACAAAAACUUAGGGCCCACAUCGGAAGCAUCCAGACUGAAAGUGACAUUCAGGUUCGUAUUUUGUUGGAGAAAAUUGCAAAAAUGGAAGUUCAUAUAAGGGCUGGUGAGGAUGUGAAGAAGGAUCUUCAGAAGGCUCAUAAUGAGGCUAGGGCUUUGGUGGCAACUAGACAGGAGUUGAUUGGUCAAAUUGAACAGGUCACUAAAGAAUUUGAAAAAGUCCAUGCUGACGUGGACAAACUUCCAGAAAUGCAAGGUGAACUUGAUGGAUUGAGGCUUGAACACCAGAAGUUAAGGUCAACAUUUGAGCAUGAAAAAAGAAAAAACACAGAAAAAGUGGCACAAAUGGAAAUUAUGGAGAAAGACCUUGUGAGGAUGGCAAGAGAGGUGGAAAAAUUACGAGCGGAGGUUUUGAACGCCGAUAAAAUCCCACAUGCAAAUGUGUAUGGUGGGCCCUACAUGAACCCGGAGUUAUACCCUCCGCCGCCUCGUAUGCAUAGUGGCGGCUAUGUUGAUGGGUAUGGAAACCAUCAUCAUCAUGUUCCGAUGGGUGGUGGUGUUGUUGGUGAAGGAAUGAUUCCUUAUGGUGGAGUUCAUCAUGGACCAGCUGGUCCUGGUCCAGGUGGCUAUCCACAAUGGGGGAGACCACAGAUGGUCCCCUAUGGUGGAGUCCAUGGACCAGCUGGUCCAGGUGGCAAUCCACAAUGGAAAGGACCACCAUAUGAUAACUCUUAUUCUAGGACUUGAAUAUGUGAUUUCUCAUUUUGUGCUAUAUGCAAAUUUCACCCCCUCCCCCUAUUAGGUAUAAUUAUAGUUUUAUAGAAGGUUUAGAUUUUAUAGAAUCUUGGUUGAUUCCAAAUUGUUGAUAUGUGUCAUUGUUAUUUCAUCUUACCUUUUGGGUAAAAAAAGUGUUAAUUUUGGUUAUUAUUCUAAUUGUUAGUAUUUAGAAGUACAUUAUCGCUGUCAUUUAUGAUUGGUUCUUUUUAUAAAACUAUCAAAGAGGAGAUGAGGGCAAAGUAGUCAUUUAGCUUUUGCAACACUUUCAAC